CACAGCAGAAGUUCAAGCUCAGCUCUCUGUGGAUGUGGAUGCAUCUCUCUCUCUCUCUUACUCUAACUCUGUCUCUCUCCAUGUGAGGGUCUUGGGUAUUGCCUAUACAGUCAGUCGGGUGGAUGCGUAGUGUGGCUGGCAGCAACACCAGUGAAUCUGCUUCUGAUUUUUCACAAGACGAAUGCCAACCUUUUUUUAUGGCAAAAACUGCCAUAGUGUGUUGGAUCUAGACUCUGUGGACAGACAGGUCCAAGACAGGGCACCUCAACUCAGGGUGGUUGUGUGGAGGAGUUUUCUUUUGCUUGUCCCCUGGAAUAACUGACCCUGGGACAGAGCAGGCAAAGGCCUUGCAAGGAUACUGCAGAACUUUCCUGAAAGCUUGACAGAUACAUCGACACAAUGCCGGGGUCUGUAAGGUUACAAAGCAUCAAGAAGUUUGGGCAGGAAAACAACGGCUAUGAUUUCACAGAUGACGGCAAAAAUGGAGAUUACAUGACAAUGGGAUCAUCAAAAGACAAAGACUCUAAACAGACGAAAGACCAACCAGCCAUCCGAGUCGGAUUCUUUCAAUUGUUUCGCUUUGCCAGCUGCCGCGAGAUUAUGAUGAUGAUAGGGGGCAGUUUUUGCGCGAUUCUGCAUGGUUCAGCACAACCUCUGAUGUUGCUGGUGUUUGGGAUGCUAACAGACACGUUUAUUGAGUAUGAUAUGGAGCUACAAAUAUUAACGGACCCGGCUAAGGACUGUGUGAACAAUACUAUUCAGUAUCGUAAUCUCACCCAUGAGGAGAACUUGGAGCUGAAUAUGACAACAUCUUGCGGUAUUUUGGACAUCGAAUAUGAGAUGACAAUCUUUGCAUAUUACUAUGUUGGCAUCGGGGUCGCUGUAUUCAUUCUGGGAUAUUUUCAAAUCUCCCUGUGGGUGAAUGCUGCAGCCCGUCAGAUCCAGAUCAUCCGCAUGAUGUACUUCAGGAAGGUGAUGAGGAUGGAGAUCGGCUGGUUCGACUGCACUUCUGUUGGGGAACUUAACACACGCAUGUCUGAUGACAUCAACAAGAUCAAUGACGCCAUAGCGGACCAGGUGAGCAUCUUCAUCCAGCGCUUCACCACCUUUGUGUGCGGCUUCCUCAUGGGCUUCGUCAAGGGCUGGAAACUCACCCUCGUCAUCAUCGCAGUCUCGCCACUCAUUGGCGUGGGAGCUGCCCUCAUGGCUCUGUUUGUAGCCAAGCUGACCGGUCAGGAGCUGCAGGCCUACGCCAAGGCUGGAGCGGUGGCCGACGAGGUCCUGUCUGCCAUCCGCACCGUGUCCGCCUUCGGUGGGGAGCUGAAGGAGGUUGAGAGGUAUGACAAGAACCUGAUCUCGGCACAGCGUUGGGGCAUCAGGAAGGGCCUGAUCAUGGGCUUCUUCACCGGCUACAUGUGGUUCAUCAUCUUCCUCUGUUACGCUCUGGCCUUCUGGUACGGAUCCAGUCUGGUGGUGGACGCUGAGGAGUACAGCCCUGGAACUCUGCUGCAGGUAUUUUUUGGUGUUUUGAUUGCCGCACUGAAUCUUGGCCAGGCGUCUCCAUGCCUAGAGGCCUUUGCCUCCGGCAGAGGGGCAGCGACAAUCAUCUUUGAGACCAUUGAACGGGAGCCAGAGAUUGACUGCCUGUCAGAGGGGGGCUACAAAUUGGACAAGGUGAAAGGAGACAUUGAGUUCCACAACGUGACCUUUCACUAUCCUUCCAGACCAGAAGUCAAGAUCCUGGACAAGCUGAGCCUGCCGGUGAAGUCCGGUGAGACCACUGCGUUCGUGGGGCCGAGUGGAGCCGGGAAGAGCACGGCGGUGCAGCUCAUCCAGCGCUUCUACGACCCUAAAGAGGGCAUGGUGACCCUGGAUGGUCAUGACAUCCGCGGCCUGAACAUCCAGUGGCUUCGCUCCCUCAUCGGGAUCGUGGAGCAGGAGCCGGUGCUAUUCGCCACCUCUAUCGCCGAGAACAUCCGCUACGGUCGCCUCGGCGUCUCCUCCGAUGACAUCAUCAAGGCCGCCAAAGAGGCCAAUGCUUACAACUUCAUCAUGGACCUACCACAGAAAUUUGACACGCUGGUUGGAGAGGGUGGUGGACAGAUGAGUGGCGGUCAGAAGCAGCGAAUCGCCAUCGCCCGCGCCCUAGUCCGCAAUCCCAGAAUCCUCCUGCUGGACAUGGCCACCUCUGCCCUGGACAACGAGAGUGAGGCUGUGGUACAGGAGGCUCUGGACAAGAUCGUGGGCCGCACCACGAUCUCCAUCGCCCACCGGCUGUCCACGAUAAAGAACGCGGACGUGAUCGUGGGCUUUGAGCACGGCCGCGCAGUGGAGAGGGGCAAACACGACGAGCUGCUCGAGAGGAAGGGCGUCUACUUCACCCUGGUCACACUGCAGAGCCAGGGAGACAAGGCGCUCAACGAGAAGGCCCGCCAGAUGGCUGAGGGAGAAAAUGCCGGAAAGACGGAUGAUAACUCAAAAGGCCUCCUGAGAGCAGGGAGUUAUCGUGACAGCUUACGAGCUUCUAUUCGGCAAAGAACAAAGUCACAGCUGUCUAAUAUUAUUCCGGAGUCUUCCGUACCAAUAGCUGGAGAGUUAGGCCCCAGGUCCUAUUCAGUGUCACAGGCUUUCGGGGCAGAGGAUAAGAGUGCCAUCCCUGAGGAGGAGGAGGAGGUGGUGGAGCCGGCCCCGGUGGCGCGCAUCCUCAAGUACAACGCCCCUGAGUGGCCCUACAUGCUCUUUGGCUCCAUCGGCGCCGCCAUCAACGGAGGAGUCAACCCCGUCUACUCACUGCUCUUCAGCCAGAUCCUGGCAACGUUCACGAUGCCUGACCCCAUAGAGCAGCGCAAUGCCAUCAAUGGCAUCUGCCUCUUCUUCGUGCUCGUCGGCCUCACUUCCUUCUUCACCCAGAUGCUCCAGGGCUAUGCGUUCUCCAAGUCUGGUGAGCUGCUGACCCGACGGCUGCGUCGGCUGGGCUUCCAGGCCAUGCUGGGACAGGAGAUUGGCUGGUUCGAUGACCACAGGAACAGCCCUGGGGCAUUGACCACCCGUCUGGCCACCGACGCCUCGCAGGUCCAGGGGGCAACAGGCUCUCAGAUCGGCAUGAUCGUGAACUCCAUGACGAACAUCGGCGUGGCCAUCAUCAUCUCCUUCUACUUCAGCUGGAAGCUGACCCUGGUCAUCUUGUGCUUCCUGCCCCUCCUGGCUCUCUCUGGCGGCUUCCAGGCCAAGAUGCUCACCGGCUUCGCCAAGCAGGACAAGCAGGCCAUGGAGAACGCAGGACAGAUCUCGGGAGAGGCCCUGAACAACAUCCGCACCAUCGCCGGCCUUGGGAAGGAGCGGAACUUUGUGGAAAAAUACGAGGCCCAGCUGGAAGCGCCGUACCGCGCCGCUCUCAACAAGGCCAAUGUCUAUGGCGCCUGCUACGGCUUCGCCCAGUGCAUCGUCUUCCUGGCCAACUCCGCCUCCUACAGGUUCGGAGGCUACCUGGUCAGACAGGAGGGGCUCCACUUCAGCAUGGUCUUCAGGGUCAUCUCUGCCAUAGUGACCAGUGGCACUGCCCUGGGCAGAGCCUCGUCCUACACCCCGGACUACGCCAAGGCCAAGAUCUCCGCAGCCCGCUUCUUCCAGCUGCUGGACCGCGUGCCCAAGAUCAACGUCUACAGCCCUCAGGGCCAGACAUGGAGUGACUUCCGAGGUAACCUGGAGUUCAUUGACUGCAAGUUCACGUACCCGACGCGUCCUGACAUCCAGGUGCUGAAUGGCCUGACCGUGAGCGUGAAGCCUGGACAGACACUGGCCUUCGUGGGCAGCAGCGGCUGUGGCAAGAGCACCAGCAUUCAGCUGCUGGAGCGCUUCUACGACCCAGACCAUGGCAGAGUGCUGAUUGAUGGCCAUGACUCGACUAAAGUGAACGUGGCCUUCCUGCGCUCCAAGAUCGGCAUCGUGUCCCAGGAGCCCAUCCUGUUCGACUGCAGCAUCGCCGAGAACAUCCGCUACGGCGAUAACCAGCGCGACAUCAGCAUGAACGACAUCAUCUCCGCCGCCAAGAAGGCACAGCUGCACGACUUCGUCAUGGCCCUGCCAGAGAAGUACGACACUAACGUGGGCUCGCAGGGCUCCCAGCUGUCUCGGGGGCAGAAGCAGCGAAUCGCCAUCGCCAGAGCCAUCAUCCGCGACCCCAAGAUCCUGCUGCUGGACGAGGCCACCUCCGCACUGGACACAGAGAGCGAGAAGACAGUACAGGAGGCCCUGGAUAAGGCUCGAGAGGGCCGGACAUGCAUUGUCAUCGCCCACCGCCUGUCCACCAUCCAGAACUCGAACACCAUCGCCGUGAUGUCCCGUGGCUACCUCAUGGAGAAGGGCAACCACGAGCAGCUGAUGGCCAAGAAGGGAGCCUACUACAAACUGGUCACCACGGGGGCGCCCAUCAGCUAAUACCAACAGCAACAGCGCUCUUUACAGCUACAGAGUUUUACAAUAACACUAAUGCCAGGGUUAAAGGGCCGUUCACACCAAGAACGAUAACUAUAACGAUAACUGUAACCAUUAAGAUAAAAGCGUCUACACUGACCAACAAUAAAAAAAAAAAGUCUCUCCUUGUGUUAAUAAUGUGAUGGCUAAAUGUGAUGGGUUCUGAUUGGCUGUUAGCUUUUUAUCGUUCUCAAAAUCGUUCUGAAAGUCCCAACGAUAUCGUUCUCCAUGUCGUUAUUGUUAGUUGGGAACGUUGUCAUUCAUAUUAACGAGAGCGAUAUUUGUUUAUAGUUAUCGUAAUAGUUAUCGUUCUUGGUGUGUGAAUGGCCCUUAAGUCAGGUCAGACUGUACAUUACCACCGGUCAGGAGACCAGUAAGGAAGGGGGAGUCGGGGUGAUUCCAAGGGUCCUGCACUAGCAGAGGGUCCUCAUUAAACUUAAUGAGCCGCAUUAUUAUGUUUGGGAGAGUACAAUAUCUUUUGUCUCUUAGGGCUGGACAUUUCUGGCAGAGCUCCUGACACCAGUGCUACGUUUGGUCAGCUCUAGACUUUGUGUUAACUCACAUCAAGAUGGCGACCCUGACAGAAAACUAAACAGCUUUUUAGAAUCUGAAAACACCUUGAAAGCUGCUGUUCUCUUAGAAUCUGAUAGCAAUUUAAAUCUGCUGUUCUCAGCAGUGUUCGCCUUCUUGACAAACUCUGCCAGGCUUCCGGGCCAAAAGAGACAGCUGACUUUAAUUCUUGUUUUGUAUACACAAUAAUACCUUUGAAGCAGGGACUCUGUGAAAAGUUCUGUGCAGUACUGCCUGGAUGAAAUGUACAGAUUACAAAGGCCAGAAAUGCCCUUGAGGUUUUUUUUUUUUUUGUUAACUUUAGUUACAUUUACAGUAGCUUUUAUACUGCUUAAGAAAUAAUUUACAAAUAUAUAACAUGAGCAUUAUGUAAUAUCUGCAUAUAGUUUAAGAUUUAUAUAUGAUCAUAUUUAUGUGAAAUUAAAUAAUGUGUAGAUUCAUAUAUUCAUGAUCAUUCAUAAAUGAUCAAGAGAUAAUUUAGCCGAGAUAAAACCACAAAAUGUUGGUCCUUAAAUAUGACUGUUCAUUUUCAUCUGACAAGCAUAAUAGUUCUCAAACAUUAACUGACUGAGUGCCAUGUUAGGAAAUACAGUUCAUCAUAAUAAUGCAUAGCACACACACACACACACACACACACACAGAAAGGCUGACUUGGUUGGUCUACAUUCUGUUUCAGCGCAUCAACUGUCGUGAUUUGGAGACAGAGGUCGCAAAUAAACUCUUGUGUUAUCAUUCAUGUUGUACAGCUAUAAAUGUUUACAUGUCAUCAGAUUGUGUAUUACUUUCCUAUUGUCAUUUACAUGCCUAUGUCAGUGUUAUCUUGAUUUAUGAGUAUUCAGGGAUUCAAAGGCAUAAGUAAUGAAAGUUGUAAGUCUAACAGACUAUUGAAAAUGACAUCUAAUCUGAAGUAUUUUCAAUAAAAUAUGUAAUGGUAAUGAUGUACAA